AUGGUGAAGCUAGCAUCGGCGAGGGACUUUCGGGCUUACGGCCCGGGCCUCGCCAGGAACCGCUACGAGUACAUAAACGCCGGGCUCUAUCUUAUUGCCUCCGUUGUCCUCUGUUCUGGUUUUGUGGCUCAGUUUUCUUCCGAAGCCCGUUCGGGCCUUGUGCUUCUUAUCAUUGGUUUGGCUAUUUUUUUCCUUGUUAAUCUCCAUGACCUCUUUGCACAUCUCGCUGGGAUUGAUUUCCAGUUACAGUUGAUGGAUUUCGACCUUCAGCUCACUUUUGUGGAGUUCGCUGUUCCGGUGGUUCAGAUGAUCGGAACGCUUAUUGAACUUCUCGGAGUUAUGUUUCUUUUUAUUCAGAAAGAGAAAGGAUAUGAUCACUUCAAGUUGGAAAAGCAUGCCGUGAACAUGCUGGUUGCUGGUCCUGUAUUGUGGGUGAUAGGGUCGAUCCACAAUUCAUGCCAAAUUUAUGAGAGAGCGGAUGGUCAUGUUCAAAUCCUGCAGCAAUGCGUGUAUAUCCCUUUUUUGAUGGGGAGUUUGACAUUCAUGCUUGGUGCAGUUCUCAAUUAUCACGAGCAAUCUAGAGUGAUCCACCAUGGCAUACACUUGCUAGGUUGGACUUGGAUCUGGCUAAGCAUCUUUGGAAGCUUGAUGUUUUUCAUUGGUGGAUUGACAAACUUGAUAAAAGUGUUCAAGAUGCAACAAAUGAAUGGAAUGAGGUUGGAGAAACUGCGAGGUGGAGCACAAGAGAGACUGGUGAGUGCGAGGGAAGGACAUGUUCCUCUGAUUUUGGAACAUCAACCGAUAAGCCAUCAUCAUCAAGCUGAAGAUACCAAAGUUGCUUCACCCAAGCUUCCCCCUCUACCUACUCCUUAUAAGGAUGUCCUUCUUGGUGGCCAAUGAUUACUGCUAAUUGUCAUCUUCUUUGGUGCUCCUGUUUUCCUUUUUGAUCUAUUACAUUUUUCC